CGGUGCCGGGCUUUCGCUUUCACUUCCUGCUCGGAGAGCCCACGGAUCCCGGGGGUGUGCGCUGAGCGGUCAUGGCCCUGCUGGACGUGUGCGGAGCCCCCCGAGGGCAGGGGGCGGAAAGCAGGCAUCGCUCGGACCUGGGACACUACAGCUUCUCAGUGCGCGCUCCCGAGCUCGCCCUCCCCCGGGGAACGCAGCCCACCGCAUUCUUGAAGUCUCUGAGUGGGGAUGGAGAAAGCCAUGUUCAGAUCGCAAUGGCUCAUGGGACAACCACACUGGCCUUCAAGUUCCAGCAUGGAGUGAUUGUAGCGGUGGACUCCCGGGCCUCGGCUGGGAGUUACAUUGCCACCUUGCGGGUGAACAAGGUGAUAGAGAUUAACCCUUACUUGCUUGGCACCAUGUCUGGCUGUGCGGCCGACUGUCAGUACUGGGAGCGCCUGUUGGCCAAGGAAUGCAGGCUGUACUACCUGCGAAAUGGCGAACGCAUCUCGGUGUCAGCGGCUUCCAAAUUGCUCUCCAAUAUGAUGUGCCAAUACCGGGGCAUGGGUCUCUCCAUGGGCAGCAUGAUCUGUGGCUGGGAUAAGAAGGGUCCAGGACUCUAUUAUGUGGAUGAAGAUGGGACUCGGCUCUCAGGACGUAUGUUUUCCACUGGUAGUGGGAACACUUAUGCCUAUGGGGUCUUGGACAGUGGCUAUCGGCCGGAUAUGACUCCUGAAGAGGCCUAUGACCUUGGACGAAGGGCUAUUGUUCAUGCCACCCACCGAGACAGCUAUUCUGGAGGCAUUGUCAAUAUGUACCAUAUGAAGGAAGAUGGCUGGGUGAAAGUGGAAAGUUCAGAUGUCAGUGACUUGAUGCACCAAUAUCUGGAGGCCAAUGAGCGGUGGCAGUGAGGGCUGGGCGGAGCCUCCUCCAGGUGGAUGGAGCCAACUCAGGGACCUGGGCCAACCCAGUCCCAGGACAAGAAGAGGCUCAACCCCAGACGUGUUGAGAUCAGGCUCGGUGACCGGUGGGACCGGCUGAGUUCAUCAUUUGUGUCCUCUCAAUUUCAUUGAGCAUCUUCUGCCCUCUAGGAGCUUACAGGGUGGGGGGAUGCCUAAACACAAUAAAGGAAAACGGUUAUAAA